CGGAAGCAGGCACGUACUCGUACUCGCCCAACCCCUGUGAGUGCUUACCAAUCAUUGAUUGGUCAAAAUGCCAACGACACACUCCAACAGCUACACCAACAGCCAAUCACCGUCCAUAUGGACACUGCCAUGCCAUGCGUUUCAUCCAAUCCGAUGCGCUCGACAAUAAGAUCUUGAAGGGAUGCGCGGCCUUCUUCUACUUGUACUCGGGGCCCUGCGCGGGCUCCUGGCCUGUCGCAUCAUGGGCGCGAGCACGGGCGAGUGCCAAACGCCGAGCGUGUUUCUCCAGUACAUGCCGUUUUGCGGGCCACUUUUGCAGUACACGGCGUGCAUCCCCGAGGCGCAGACGAUUUGGUACAACCACUCGGUCAAGUCCAAGGACCUCUUUCUCUCGCAAAUGUACCAAAAGCUCGUCAAGCAGCGCGAGUAUUUCGAGCAAGACGUGGACCUCAACAACGCAAAGCGCGACGAGUGGGGCAACACGGGCGAGAUCGUCCCGCGCUUCACGGAGAACCGUGAUUGCCAAGAUGCAUUUCGCAACUACAUGUGCUGGCUCAACUUUCCCCGCUGCGACGACGCAGGCGUGAGCCUCGUCAUGUGCCGCAGCGUCUGCGAAAACUACUUUAAAGCGUGCAUGGUACAAACACGAUCGAAUCUUCUGUCGCUUACACGACGCUUGCAUUAGCAAGCCAAGGACCUCUGGCGGUGCGGCGAUCCCGCGUACGUCAAUGGCUACGAGCCCGAGAUCAGCACCUACGCCAACAAUCUCGGCGAGUUGCAGUACUACCGGUUCCCAUUUCCCGGGUCACCGUUCCGAUCGAAUGUUUUUACGAGCGACGGCACGCAAGCGCUGCCUGUGUGCACACCGAGUCUUCUCAAUGGAUCGCCAUCCAUCUACGAUGUGCUGCGACGACUGCACUUGGUGGUGCUGGCGACAUGGCUCGUGGUCUUCCUACGCUAAGGAUGCGACGAAGCUGAGGACUGACGCAAUAAGAACUUUUAUUGUGGACUAAUUCGAUGGCAAAAGACUGCACGAUC